GAUGAUGGCUUCAAAAAUACAACUAGAACAAGAGAAAACAUUUUUCACCAUUAUAAUUUUACUAGGCUAUUUGUCAUGCAAAGUGAUUUGUGAAACAGGAGACUGUAGACAGCAAGAAUUCAGAGAUCGCUCUGGAAACUGUAUUCUCUGCAACCAGUGUGGGCCAGGCAUGGAGCUGUCUAAGGAAUGUGGCUUCGGCUACGGGGAGGAUGCACAGUGUGUGACAUGCCGGCCGCACAGGUUCAAGGAGGACUGGGGCUUCCAGAAAUGCAAGCCAUGUCUGGACUGUGCACUGGUGAACCGCUUUCAGAAGGCAAACUGCUCAGUCACCAGUGAUGCCAUCUGCGGGGACUGCUUGCCAGGGUUUUACAGGAAGACGAAACUCGUCGGCUUUCAAGACAUGGAGUGUGUGCCUUGUGGGGAUCCUCCUCCUCCUUACGAACCACACUGUGAGUGAAUGUGACACAACAAAGCG